UCGACGUGGGCGCACCGCUGGGUCCCAGCUCCUGUCCUGGCGCGGAUACGCGCUUCCUCCUUUGCGCUCCCGGGCGUCUAGAGAGGAAGGUCCCUGAGAGUUCACGAGAGUUCGGGGUCACCGCGAGUCCGGGGUCCGAGCGGUCUCAGGGCAGUGGCCCGUUCCAGCAGCUGCGCCCAGGCGCACAAGCCGGCCAGCCACGGGCAGGGGGCUGCCAGCAGCAAGAUGAGGAAGCCCGACGGGAAGAUCGUGCUGCUGGGGGACAUGAACGUGGGCAAGACGUCGCUGCUGCAGAGGUACAUGGAGCGGCGCUUCCCAGACACGGUCAGCACGGUGGGCGGCGCCUUCUACCUGAAGCAGUGGCGCUCCUACAACAUCUCCAUCUGGGACACUGCAGGGCGGGAGCAAUUCCACGGCCUGGGCUCUAUGUACUGCCGGGGGGCGGCGGCCGUCAUCCUCACCUACGACGUCAAUCACCCGCAGAGCCUGGUGGAGUUGGAGGACAGGUUCCUCGGCCUGACUGAGACGGCCAGCAAGGACUGCCUCUUCGCCAUCGUGGGGAACAAGGUGGACCUCACCGAGGAGGGAGCCCUGGAGAGCCCGGAGCAGGAAGGGUGCAGCCCUGGGAAGGCUGGCGGGGGCAGUGCCCCUCCCAGGGUGCCUAAGCACGUGCGGCCUGAGGACGCGGUGGCCCUUUAUAAAAAGAUCCUGAAGUACAAGAUGCUGGACGAGAAGGACGUGCCGGCCGCUGAGCAGAUGUGCUUCGAGACCAGCGCCAAAACCGGGUACAACGUGGACCUCCUGUUUGAGACCCUGUUUGACAUGGUUGUGCCGACAAUUUUGCGGCAGAGAGCAGAGGGGCUGUCGCAAACCGUGGAUAUAACCGGUUACAAGCCGCCCAAACGGACCAGAUCUGAGUGCUGUGCCUGAGCUGCCCGGGCUGCUCUGAGUCGCUGUUUAUGCGCAUGGGAGAGGGCUGACCAGGCGAGCUGUGGUCUGAAGGACAGAAAAUCAAGGGAUAAUUUUAUAGAACAGUGCACGGAGCAGAACAUCGGAGUGAAAUGACAGCUAGUUAUGAGGGAAGGUCAGUGUGGAUGGCGUCUCCUCAGUCUCCAUCGGGUGUGUUGGGAGGAGGAGAAACAGCAUCAUCUGCAAAAACCCAUCUGUAGCGCCGCAACACCUGGCGCUUUCUCCCCGCUGCCCCGCACUGGUACUUCAUGACCUGCCCCCAGUGGUCCUCGGGCCCGUGUGCACCUGCCUGUCUCAGCGCGCUCGGCUGUUACCAUGUCGUGUCACUUCUGUGUUUGUUGUUGUUCUCAAAUGUUUCUCUUCACUGUGAGCUGGCUUUGGUCUUCCCAUUUGGUACUUGUAUCUGGAUGCACGAUAAUAGUGAUUUUCACCAUGUUAAUUUAUACAAAAUCAGGAAAACUUUUUAUAUUGAUUGCAGCAGUGUGAGCUACACAUAUUAUUAAAGAGGA